UCAUGCUUGCAUAUAUAGAAAAACUGAAGAAAGGGCAUAUGCGCAUCCCCCACCAGUAAACUCGGCGAGAAUCAGCACAAAUGGGACAUUCAGUUUCACAUAUGGACGUAUUGAAAUCAAUGCAACACUGCCUAACGGUGAUUGGCUAUUCCCCUAUAUUAUGCUUAUGCCCGACAAACUCAAUUGUACUAUGCGCAGUAGAUCUUGAAAAUAACAAUUUAUUCGGCGGCCCUGUAAUAUUACAAGCACGAAAGAAUAAACAACCCAUAAGACACGGAAAACAUGAUUUACAUUAUUUCACUCGUAAUAGCGACAUGGCCACCAAUCGGAAUUUCGACGUAGCUGGUUUUCACAACUUCACCAUGGUAUGGACUUCAAAUGGAGUAAGUUCGUAUAUCGAUGGAAAGCAAUACGGUAUUGCGAUGAACAACGGGGAAUAUGCAGAACCUUAUCAUAUAGUUUUGAGCGUUGGAGCUGGAGGAAACCUUGAAUUUGAGGAUGCGAUAUCCAAACCAUGGCGAAAUGGAGAUAUUGCCGCAUUUGCUUUAUUCCAUCGAAGUUUUCAAGGUUGUUGCGCACGUCAGAGUUACAGAAAGUCAUGCGUUGAGAAUAAAAAAGAAAGAACGUGCAGCAGGGAGUGGGGCCCGCGGGCAACUAUGGUUGUGAAAUCCGUGCGAGUGUAUGCAAUAUAAUAUAAUUAAUAUCAACAAUAUAUGAUUUGAUUAUCUAUUUUGCGCAAAUACUUAAAUAAAAGCGAAUUUCAAUUCUUUGACAAAGUGUU